AUGGACUUCUACAUCAAUUUGAAGGUGAAUUUCAGGGGGAAUGCGAAACAUUUUCUCCUGUCAGGCUCCGAGACUAAGAGUUGGGAGUCAAUGGAGGCCAUGGUAAGCAAGGAUAACGACGGUGGUGUUUUCAUAGCAGCAUUCACCUUGGCAUACCUUUACCGUAGCCUGUUACUGAAAGCUAUCAACGAUCGAUCGCCGACCGCUUAUUUGCUAAAUGUUGUAUACCUCCUAUACAUUAUUGAUACCCUGUAGUUGAAAACAUUGUUUAUUAUUAACAUUGCUCUAGCUAUGACAAUCCAGUAUUGUAAAAUUAGGGCCUAACGUUAGCUAGUUACAGUAGCUAGCUAAACGUAAACGAACAGAAGAGCAGUAUUAUAACAACGUCCCAGUCGCAACAACAUCCUAUCGAGCAAUGUUAAAAUAAGAGGCGCUGCUAUUAAUAAAAGUGGAUAUAUUACAUUAGGCCUACAUUUUGCUGAAAUAAAUUAGAAAAUAAUGUAUUGCCUGCCCUGUAGAGGACAUCCACGUAGAUGAGUAUACAUGCGUCGUAACCAUGUCAAUGGUAACAACAACAGUAAAGAAGACCAGUGACAUUCUUGAUAUGAGCACUUGAAGCCGUGGUUGUCAAAAUACACUACAAAUAUAACCUUUCGUCUCAUUUAGCCCCAUUAUCAUCUAUUGUUGAAAUUAUUCAGUUGCAUAAUUUUGGGAUUAAGUCAUAUUUACCCCAGUGACACUUUAUUGACAACAGUCAGGCUAUUGCGAUGGAGGGCUACAGUUAAUGUUGCUGGUUCUUUGCGGUUCUCAUUUCCUUUUCAUAAAUGUAAUAUCAGAACAGAUUACUAGCCUAUAUGAUAGCUUGGUUCAUGUUAGUACUGUACUCUUUUUGAAGUCAGUAUGUGGAGCUUAUUGAUUCAAGGGUAUGAGUCUGGCUAAUGACACUUGAGGCUUCCGUCUCUCACUCCAGGGUUUAACAGCCCUGCCCUAUGAUGCCCAAAUAAACAUUUGAGCCAAGCUGCCUCAUCUGACAAUGUCCCCUUAUGCCAAGAUGUGUCAAUUUACAAAGCAAGCCAUUAAAAUAUAGUGCAAUGGGCUGCAUUCUCUCUCUCUUCACCCAGUAAAAUGGGAAAUCUUAAUUUCAGGGAGUGCUAGACUGAGUGGAUGAUGCCAGUUGUUGUUGGUUGUUUUUUCCUAUAUGGAGAGCUUAUGAGACUGUUUCCCUCUGAAUCUCCUGGCAGCACUAUGCUCAGACUCCAUCGUCACUCCACUGUCCAGUCACCAAGUCAUGGAGUUCAUCCUCAUUGAAAUUGCCAUUGUGUCUCCAUGUUGCCAUGGCAUUGCAUUCAAGGAAAAUUGAUACAUUUUCCUUUCAGGCAUCAUGCUACAUCAUAGCCCUGAUUGUUCAUUCAAUUAGCAAAUAUGGGAUACUACGGCAUAGCCUAAAUAUAACCUUGAUAACAUUAUUGAUUUUAUUGGCUUUCCUUGAAAGGAUCACUUUUAUUUACAUUUUGGUCAUUUAGCAGACGCUCUUAUCCAGAGCGACUUACAGUUAGUGAGUGCAUACAUUUUUAUUUUUCAUACUGGCCCCCGUGGGAAUCGAACCCACAUCCCUGGCGUUGCAAACGCCAUGCUCUACCAACUGAGCUACACGGGCCCUAUGUCAUUUGGAGGCACCUGUCCUUUAUGUGUCUGAGAAACAGCUUGCUAAAUCAUGUAAUACGCUGGUGGUUUAUAGAUUGUGUCUUUUGUCUACAGGUGAAAAGGUCCUUUGGCCUGUGUAAUCUACAAGUGACUUAUUUUGAUGAGGAGAAUGAGGAGGUGAGUGAGAGCAAAGAGUUACGGCAAUGUUAAUACAAUGCUAUUACAAUGUUGUUGCAAUACAUUUCCGUUUUGUGUUUCAGGUAUCCAUAAACAGCCAAAGUGAGUAGUAAAGAAAAAAAGUUGUACCAAACAUAAUAUUAGUUCAUUGUUCAAUGUAACAUGUGCAAUUUAUUAUAUUUUUCCUCUCUUCUAGUGGAGUAUGAGGAGGCAUUAAAGGUAGGUGGUAACUUAAAUCUGACUCCUGUCCAUAUUUAGGCCUUAUGAUAACAAAAGGUUAAAGUGAAGUGUAACUGUUACCAAAAUACGCCUUCAAGUAGCAAAGCAAUACAUUUGCAAAAUUAAAUUAACCAUCAUUCCUCUGUUGAUUUCAUCAGAGUGCAUCCAGGCAAGGGAAUCGGCUGCAAAUGAAUGUGUAUGAGACCAGGGGUCAGCCCACGCGUGUGCCGGCCAAGGCCAGUGGAGGGGAGCCCAAGAGAGGGUUCCGUCCCCCACAGCACUGCCCAAACCUGGCUCAGGUGGUGAGCAGGAAGGUCCAGGCUGCUGUCCCUGAACAGGGCAUGGUAAGGACAGAGCUAUAGAUAUACAAACUACUGUACAGGUAAAAGUCAGUAAAUUAGAAUAUUUUGAAAAACUUGAUUUAUUUCAGUAAUUGCAUUCAAAAGGUGUAACUUGUACAUUAUAUUUAUUCAUUGCACACAGACUGAUGCAUUCAAAUGUUUAUUUCAUUUAAUUUUGAUGAUUUGAAGUGGCAACAAAUGAAAAUCCAAAAUUCCGUGUGUCACAAAAUUAGAAUAUUGUGUAAGGGUUACAUUUUGAAGACACCUGGUGCCACAAAAUAAUCAGCUGAUUAACUCAAAACACCUGCAAAGGGCUUUAAAUGGUCUCUCAGUCCAGUUCUGAAGCCUACACAAACAUGGGGAAGACUUCAGAUUUGACAGCUGUCCAAAAGGCGACCAUCGACACAUUGCACAAGGAGGGAAAGACACAAAAGGUUAUUGCAGAAGAGGCUGGCUGUUCUCAGAGCUCUGUGUCCAAACACAUUAAUAGAGAGGCAAAGGGAAGGAAAAACUGUGGUCAGAAAAAGUGUACAAGCGAUAGGGAUCACCGCGCCCUAGUCAAGAUUGUGAAAAAAAACCCAUUCAAAAAUGUGGGGGAGAUUCACAAGGAGUGGACAGCUGCUGGAGUCAGGGCUUCAAGAUCCACCACCAAGAGACGCUUGAAAGACAUGGGUUUCAACUGCCGCAUACCUCAUGUCAAGCCACUGUUGACCAAGAAACAGCGCGAAAAGCGUCUCACCUGGGCUAAGGAAAAAAAGAGCUGGACUGCUGCUGAGUGGUCUAAAGUCAUGUUUUCUGACGAAAGCAAAUUUUGCAUUUCCUUUGGAAAUCGAGGUCCCAGAGUCUGGAGGAAGACAGGAGAGGCACAGGAUCCACGUUGCCUGAAGUCUAGUGUAAAGUUUCCACCAUCAGUGAUGGUUUGGGGUGCCAUGUCAUCUGCUGGUGUCGGUCCACUCUGUUUCCUGAGAUCAAGGGUCAACGCAGCCGUCUACCAGCAAGUUUUAGAGCACUUCAUGCUUCCUGCUGCUGACCUGCUCUAUGGAGAUGGAGAUUUCAGGUUCCAACAGGACUUGGCGCCUGCACACAGCGCAAAAUCUACCCGUGCUUGGUUUACGGACCAUGGUAUUUCUGUUCUAAAUUGGCCAGCCAACUCCCCUGACCUUAGCCCCAUAGAAAAUCUGUGGGGUAUUGUGAAAAGGAAGAUGCAGAAUGCCAGACCCAACAACGCAGAAGAGUUGAAGGCCACUAUCAGAGCAACCUGGGCUCUCAUAACACCUGAGCAGUGCCAGAAACUCAUCGACUCCAUGCCACGCCGCAUUAAUGCAGUAAUUGAGGCAAAAGGAGCUCCAACCAAGUAUUGAGUAUUGUACAUGCUCAUAUUUUUCAUUUUCAUACUUUUCAGUUGGCCAACAUUUCUAAAAAAUCCCUUUUUUGUAUUAGCCUUAAGUAAUAUUCUAAUUUUGUGACACACGGAAUUUUGGAUUUUCAUUUGUUGCCACUUCAAAUCAUCAAAAUUAAAUGAAAUAAACAUUUGAAUGCAUCAGUCUGUGUGCAAUGAAUAAAUAUAAUGUACAAGUUACACCUUUUGAAUGCAAUUACUGAAAUAAAUCAAGUUUUUCAAAAUAUUCUAAUUUACUGACUUUUACCUGUAUACUUGCUACUUAAUAGUGCUGAGCAAUUGACCAACAUUUUGGUUAUGUUUCGGUUUUUAAACAACAAAUUGACCGACGUUGGUUCAAUUAUUUGAAUUCCAUUUCGUUCGGUUUUUUUCUGUGAGCUCAAUGCGCACAUCUCACAGUUUCUCUAGAGAUAGAUUAGAUCCAGCCUGAACUGUGCGAUGUAGUAGGGAGUUGUAGUUUCCAACAGGCCAAUAUUCUACAUAGUUUAGCUCAUAAAACGUGGUAAUUAACUACAAUGAUCAUAAUCCAUUGCGCAUCUACUUGUGCGCGAUCGUGAGGUGAUAUAGAGAGCAGCUGUUGCUUCGUGAGGUAUCUCUACCUGAAAAUACAUGAUCUAAGUGAUUGGUAGUUGGUAUUUAGCAGUCAUAAAAGUAUGCCUUAUUUACUUUGAAGAACUAAAAAAUUGUAAUUUUGUCAGACAGCAUAGGCAGCAGCUCUAUAGAGAUGAGAUGACUUGAAAUGAAAUAAUAAAGUAAUCAAAUAAAACAAAUGUAAUAUACACAACAACUGAAAUAUUUUAGUAAAGUAAAGUACGGUGAAUAAAUGAUGGUUAAUAAGUGAUAAGCAGUAAUGGGCAGUCUACCAUUAUGGGACUUUUAUUAAUUGUUUUAUUCUGUGUUGUUACAGCAUUCAACCCACAUAAUGCAUAGUUCAUUUAAUGUUUGUUUUUUAAAUAAUCGAAAUCAAAAACCUCAAUAUUUGUUAAAUAAUCGAACUGGAACCAAACCUACCUCAAAAAGCACUGAUCGCGAGGCCUUCCGAGUGGCGCAGCGGUCUAAGGCACUGCAUCGCAAUGGUUGAGGCGUCACAACAGACCUGGGUUCGAUCCCAGGCUGUGUCACAACCGGCCGUGACCGGGAGUCCCAUAGGGCGGCGCACAAUUGACCCAGUGUCGUCCGGGUUAGGGGAGGGUUUGGCCGGGGGGGGCUUUACUUGGCUCAUCGCGCUCUAGCGACUCUUUGUGGGGUGCCGGGCACCUGCAGGCUGACUUCAGUCGUCAGUUGAACAGUGUUUCCUCCGACACAUUGGUGCAGCUGGCUUCCGGGUUAAGCGGGCGGGUGUUAAGAAGCGCAAUUUGGUUGGUCAUGUUUCGGAGGACGCAUGACUCGACCUUCGUCUCACCCGAGCCCGUUGGGGAGUUGCAGCGAUGAGACGAUCGUAAUUGGAUCGCAAUUGGAUAUCACAAAAUUGGGGAGAAAAAGGGGGUAAAAAAAAUACAAAAAAAAUAAAUAAUGGCUCAGCACUAUUACUUAUUAAGCUACUUCUUUAAAAUUGAAUGAGAUUUUGUGUCAUUAGGAAUAAAAGUAAAAACUAAACUAAGUCAUUGUGAAACAUACAAUAAAUAUGGCUUAUUCGUCUGAUUUCUCACUACUUUGGUUUCCAAGGUGAUCAUGAAAGAACUAAAGGGGACCAAAGAGGAAGAUAAGACACCUCCAGCAUGGUUUACAUCUUACAUGGAGAAGGUGAGGAGAUGAUUUGGACAUUGAUCUUUGGACCUUACUGUGGUUUUAUCUUCAAUUAAUGUACUAUUUACUAUUGAAAUGAAACAGUUGUAUGUGUAUAUUUUAUAGAUCAAAUUAAACUAACUAGCUAACCAGUAACCCAAACUCUUGUCAUCCAGUUCAAGGACCAAGUAGUGAGGGAAGCAGUGGAGAAGAUCUGUCGGGAGUUCUCGGGCCAGUGCUGCAUCCACAAGCCCAUUGGGGCUGAGGUCCAGAUCCCUGAGGUGACCUCCUCUACCCUGCCUGGGGGUCCUAGUUCCACCCCUGCCUGCAGCAGCUGCCGGGGCCAGACCGCUGGGGGAGGAUACCAGUGCAGGUGAGAAGGGGAGGAGGAGAGAGGUGGUUCAGGUGGCUCAGAGAGAGACUAGGGAGGACAUUGACAAAUGUGAAUUAGUUAAAAUGUCUGUAAAGGUAAAUAAACACUAAUGUAAUCAGAUAUUUUCUUUCAUGUUUUUGUUUUUGUAAAUAGCCUACUCCCACAUACUUUCAAUUAAGUGCCUCCAAAAUACAUUGUGUUGCUCCAAAACAAACUAAUUCCUUUGAUCAGUUGUCGUUUCCAUUUCUUAAGUAUGCGAAACCUGAGAAGAUCAGUUUCAAUUCAUCAGAAGGCCCUUUGGUUGGUGUGCCCCUCCCUGACUGUCUGGUUUCUUUUUCCCAGUGUGUGUACAUCCUGCACGCUGUGUGAGCCCUGCAGUUUCUCCCAUGACCCCAGCCACAACCUGGUGAGAGCCAGAACACCCCUCUCCAUCCCUGAGCACGGCUUGCCAGCCCUAGAUCACAGCAGGUAAGACUAGGGUUGGAACAUAUAACAUAUUGUAACAGAGUUACAUAUUCACUUUUUGGAACCUAAUUUAACGCUUAUGGGGUGCCAAUGUUAAUUAGUUAUUGUUUAUUUUGGGGGUUGUUUUGUGUUAUGUCAUUUUCAAUCCUACAAUGAUCAUUGUCGUCAGAAAUGUGUCAGAACGGUGUCUGUCCUCUAUGAUGGCCGAUCAGAAACCCUUGCAUUCUCCCCUUCUCUACCUCAUCCCCAGGUUCUACCGGCGAGGGGACCGGAGCUUGCGUAAGGCGGAGAAGCAGCGUCUGAAGGCUGAGAAGCGUCAGCUGAAGGCGGAGGUAAAGGAGAUCAGGAAGCAGCUGAAGAUGGAGAGGCGGGGCCUGCAGUGGAGUGCCGCCGGCGAUGGGAGCUCCUCCCCCGUCCUGCUCCAACCCAGGGCCACCCAGGCCAACAGCCCAGAGUACGUCUUAAAGGGACAGUUCACCAAAAUUAGAUGAAAGUAGAUACUGCUGGCAAGGCUUGGUAUUCAGUGUAUCAUGAGGUAAAAUCAGUGAGAGGCAUAGGUCUUGUCUCUGUAGUUAGACUGCUGUCAAAAGGAGGGAAAUGACAGAGAGAGUUGUGCUUUGGCCAUAAUUAAGGGAUGGAGAGAGGAAAGGAUGGAGAGAGAUGUUCUGUGGUUUAAUAGUGUAUUUUGGCGCUUUGUCCCCCAGGCGUCCCAAGCGGCCCUGCCCUCUGGUGGUGCCAGCCAUGACGGCCCUGUUCCUGGAUGAGAACCUGCCUGAUGGGACUCGUCUUCGCCCGGGCACAAAGUUCAUCAAGUACUGGAAGAUGAGGAACACUGGCAGUGUGAGCUGGAGCUCUGAGACCAAGGUACUAUUAUGGGAUGAGAAUGCACCUGGGAUAUGCACAUUAUCUGAGGUUACCAUUGACAGCCACAGUACUCUUAGCUGAAAGAGAGGACACGACAAAGAGAGUUAGGCAUAACACUGACAGUCACUCUCUCUCUCCCUCCCCCUCCCCCUCUCUCUCGCUCUACCCUCAUCUUCUCAGCUGAAGUUCAUGUGGGGGAACCUGGCGGUGGCGUCGGGCGACCGCUGGCGUGAGGUGGCUGUGCCUUUCCUGCAGCCGGGUCAGGUGGGCGUGGUAAGUGUGGCCCUGUGCGCGCCGGCCCUGGAAGGCUCAUACACCUCCCACUGGCGUCUGGCACACGGUGGGGAGCAGUUUGGCCCUCGCGUCUGGUGCAGCAUUAUGGUGGACCCCCUGGCCCCUGCAGCCGUGAUGGCAGAUGGCGUUCUGGUGUCGCCCUGCGUCACCCCCCAGGCAAGUCCACCCACACGCUUGACUUUGGUUCUCAGUGGCCAAACUGCUAUACAAUGCUGUAGUUCUCUGAAAAAGAUAGUAGUAAUCUCAGUUAAGUAUGUAUUCUGUCUGGGUAACAGUUAUUUUGAUAUGCUGGUGCUCUACAGGGGAAGAACCCCCUCUCCACAGAUAAGGGUGGGAAGUCUUGUGCUGCAGCCUCUAGGGAUCAAGCACUCAUGUCAGUGGACCAAGACGAACGAGAAUACUACAUUCCCUCUGUGGACCUGCUCACAGCCCAGGACUUACUCUCCUUUGAGCUGCUGGACAUCAACAUUGUUCAGGAACUAGAGAGCGUGCCCAACAACACCCCGGCAGGUAAGCCUUCCAAUGCUAUUUACAUGCUAAAACUGCAGGGUGUUCUUAAUCAGUUGACUGCACUUUUCCCGUCUCUUUUCUGAACUUCUCUCUCAUUUUCUCUCUCUCUCUUCCACACAGAUAUGACCCCGUGCAUAUCCCCACUGCCCCAUGAUGGUCCCCUGCAGGAGAAGCCCACCCUGGGGUUGAUCCAGGAGGAAGCAGAGGCCCAUCAGGCCCAGGGAGUCACAAGCAUCCAGCUGUCUCAGUGCCUGGGGCCAGGGGCGGCGGGGGGCCGGGUUCCAGCCCAGGAGGAGGGAGAGGAGGAUAUCAGCGGGACUCAGUUUGUGUGUGAGAUGGUGAUGCGCUCGCUCACCCUGGAGGAGGCCCCAGACCACACACCUCUCUGUGGGAACUGCCCCGGCAAGUGUGAGUUUUUAUUAAUUCAUUUAGUUCCAUAUUAUGCCUAUGUUAAUACCAGAUUAAGGGCCAUAACAGUGUAACCAAAAUUCCUUUCCCUGAUCUUCACAGUGGUCCACCCAGCAGCCCAAGGUGGCGCCGCCUCCUCCUCUCUUAAAGGGAAAGCUGUUGAGAAGCGUUUGGAGGCGAAGGCGGAGAAAACCCAGGACAUAUCCACCAUCAGCCCUGUGGCCCCAGCCCUAGCCCCACCCCAGCUGGCUAUACCAGAACUGAAGAUGCCAGGUGAUUGGCCCACCUUAUCCUCCUGUUUUCAAUUAGUUGAUUGGUUGAUAAAUACCACUUGAGCUCAAAUCUGGGCCCUGCAAAUCUGGGCCCUGUUAUCAGGUAAAAAACAACAAUUAAAUAGUUUGACCGUUUGCAGAUGAGGGACUGGAGUCAGACAUCGAGAGCAUCUGCGUGGACGCCAGCGGUGACGAAGACAAGGGCGAAGAUAAAGGAGAGUUGACAGAGGGGAAGAGGGGCCCCCGCAGCCGUUCCUCCUCGGCCUCAUCCGAGGAUUACAUCAUCAUCCUCCCUGACUGCUUCGACACCAGCCGCCCGCUGGGAGAGUCCAUGUACAGCUCCGCCCUCUCCCAGCCUGGCGACGCCCCUGACACGCCCACAGACCCCGACCGCCAGGGCCGUACCACUCCCGAGGGGGAGCACAAUGAAGCAGAAGAGACCGUUUCAGGCUCCAGCAGCGCCAACGAUAUGCUGUGCACCUCCCAGACGUUGGACGCCAUGCCCCUAACCCCUGUGGUGGUGGCACCCCCUCGGCUCAACUCAGCUCUUACACUCAGGUGAGAAACCAUGGGCCAGCUGUGCUUGGAAAUAGGUUUACGGUGCUAUUACACAUUUUGACAGUGCUAAAUUGCUGAGAUGUUCCAAAUGUAUUGUUGGCGUUGUCUUCAGCCCAGAGAGCAAUGAUCAGACUGAGCCAGCAGCAGAGUCCCUUGACAGGACUGAGGUCUACCAGCUGGGGGAGUCAGAGGAUGGUAAGGCACACACAAACACACACACACACACACACACACACACACACACACACACACACACACACGGUCACGGUCACGUACAUAGUUCUAGCAACUAAAGGAAACAAAGCAGUUGGGCCUAACUGACAACAAUGCCCUAACCGUAAUCGUGUUUUCUGCUUGCUGCAGUGCCUUUUUGCUGUCUGAUCAUUCAGCUGUAAUAUCGAAAGUACAAUGUCUACUUGGUUCUAAACAAACACAAGUACUAAGCACUAGAUGAAUGGCUAUGGGGUAGAGGUCUGCUUGGAGAGUCAUUCUUGUCAAAGAGCUCCUUCUAUACACUCCCCUCUAGAGCGCUACAACUUAUCCAUAUGAGCAUACCGGUAUAUCCUUUUCCCAGAACAUAACCAACCAGUCAUCUCUGUGAUUGUGUCUGAAAGGUUCCAAGCAGCCAGACAGUCAACCAGACAGCCCAUCUGCUUCUGGUGACUCAGAAGACAACUCCGAAGACCCUAGGUGGGACCCUGAUGUGCAACUCAGUCAGUUCAGAUGCUAAUAUUUUACUAUAUCUCUCUUGUUAAAGAGAUUGUUAAAGCGGAAUGUCAAUUUAAUGAUAUUAGUGUUGGCUGACCAGAAACAAAAUGGUGUCAGUAAGACUCACACCCUGGCCCUCUCUGUCUGUCUUGUUCCUUCUAGGCACCCCGGCAUCACUGGAGGCCUGGUGAAAGGAGCCCUGUCUGUCGCAGCAUCUGCCUACAAGGCUCUGUUCACUGGGCAGUCUGGCCCAGUGCAG